UCAAAAAUGGCAGUUCGUAUUAUUUUAAUGUUUUUAUAUUCCUAAACAUCAUCAAUUUACAGAAAACUUUCUAUAAUAGUGUACUUAUUACAUUAAUGCUGCGUUUAAUGGUUCUGUGCACUUAUUAAAAACUGUACCUGAUGGAUGACUGUGAGGAUGAUAAUUAUAAUAAUGGACUGGUUGAUUCAUCUAGCUACAUUAUAAUAAAUACUAAUGUAGACGAAAAAAAACAUGUUAAGAAAGCUCCUAUUGAGAUUAGCAGUCAUCCAUUGGGGAAGAAGAUCCAAGGGAAGAAGAAAGAUGAAAUUGUUUUUCAAGUUUCUCGUCCAGUGACAGCAUUCCUAAAGAAAACUGUACCAGUUUUGAAGGAUCAAGCAACUGAGGCAAAAGAUGUAUCGCCAGAGAAACCCCCUCCGGAACCAUUCUGCCAUCUUAGAAUGGAUUCCAUUAUCAAAUUGAAAGAUAGCACGAGAAAGCUGCUAUGUUUAUUGGAAGAGAUUCAAUCGAAAACCUAUUCGAAGCAGACUCCGCCUCCAGAUAAUACCAAGAGCGAAGUCCAAGCGAAAACCAAACGGCCAUCGUUAGAAAACUUACCACCGGUUUCCGAUGUGUCAGUUGCACCAGCACUGAAUAAAUUGGAAAGUCAAGCUAAAACAUUAAAUGCAAUCUACGUAGAGGAUGAAGAUGAUGACUGUUCCAUAUUCAAAAGACUAACGAGAAAAUGUAAUUGCUUGAAUCAAAUGGAAUAUAACGAUUUCGUAAUACAUUUUAACGAGGAUACUAAAUACUUUACAAGUACCAUUGGAGAAAUUAUAAAAAAUAUGCGUAUUUUGAAAAGGUUCUUGUAUAUGGGUGGCACAUAUACAAAAAAUGCAUUGAUAUUUUUAAAUGAGGGUUUGGGUGACUCGGCAUUUGCCGAAAAAGUAGAAAUAACACAAGGCUGCGCGCAUUCUGACAUGUGUAACGUUUUCGAAGAACAAUCUAUAGUCGCGACGUGCAUUUCGUGGCCGGGCAAAAUUGAAUGCUUUUCGGAGACCGCGACUCAGAAUUUAGCAGCAGCAUUUUUGCACAAAUUAGCCCAAUUGGAAGAGGGACGACGAUAUUUAAAAUUUACAUCAAAAAUAACAAAUGAUAUAAAAAAGGUUUUAAGAAGAAAAGGAUCAAAACUAGAUAUGGAUACCACAGAAUCCCUAAAUGCCACCUUAGAUUUAAUGAAUCCACCUAUGGCACAACAUGUCAAUUUAACAUACUACUGCAGGCCAAUUGACGAAGGUUACGGAGACGAAACUAUAAAAGCUUUAUCACAAUACAGAGAGUAUAUGACAUUAGAUGAAGUUUUUACUCAUUUAGACUUGCUACAUAACUUGAGUAAUGAGAAGAAAGGCAAAACUGAUUUAACUUCGCUCCUUCCUGCUUUACUACUUUUGUUUAAACAGAUGCUAAUGGAGUAUGACAACAGUGAAAUGAAUAUAAUAAUUACAAAUAUUCUAAAUAAUAUUGUAUCAAACAACAUGAUAGCCAAACCAGAAAAAUUACCUAAGACAAUGGUUUAUGCAGACAUGGCUACUGAGCCAAUCAAAAUGAAACAUCAAUUAAUACAAAUGCCACCUAAGAAAGUUAUCUCCAAGAAACAAAACAACAAAGCAAAGAGUUACUCAGCUGUAUCAACAAGUAAAUUUAGGCAAGCUUCAAGACGCAAAGAAAGAAGUCAACGUAACAUCAUAGUAGUUCCAAUUGAGAAAAUAAAAGCAAACUUAUAAUAAAACAUUAUAAUAUCAGUAACAAUAUCCAUUAGAGAAACAGCCAUACAGAAAUGUACAAUAAAAAGUAUUAUUGAUAUAAAUUAUAUCAUAAAAUAUUGUAAACAGUUUCCUGGAUUUAAUAUAAACAAUAUAUUUCCUAUAAUCUGAAUUGCUUUUCACUAAGUCCCGACCAUCAUUUUACAAAAUACCCCAUCACAUGAGCAACAAAAAAUGCAUUAGGAAUGAUUUGUUAAAUAAGCUUACCAGUUUAUUCACCAUUGUUAUAAUAAAUUAAAUAUAUUAUAAAUCUUCAAACAAAGGAGAUCUAAAAACAAUUAAUUA